AUGUCUUCACUCUUACCCGGCCACCUCCUCCUCCUCGUAGCAGAGCACGCAGACUUUGCCCAGAUCCAAGCCCUCCGAGCAACCUGCAAGACCAACCGCGCCCUGCUGGAUAGCUACCAGCACACCGUAACAAGAGUCAACACCGCCCGGUACCCCUGCGCACCACGCAACCACAUCCUCGCCUCCGACACCCGCGAGCGCGAGGUGCUCCCGAAAGACACCUUUGAUACCAUCCGAGAGCUAGAGACGCGGCACCGGCACAUUGAGGAUAUCGUCCACGGCUCAUACCUCGCCUUCUGGGAGGAGUACGGGCUCCAGGACGCGAACAAGGCGGACACCAUCCGCUCGAACCUCAAGAGAGCGCUCUGGCAGUGCUCGGCGAUCGCCGACUUGGAGACGCACUCGAUACGGUACAGGGACGACGUCGUCCCCCGCCGGGACCCUUGUGUGAAGUCGCUGAUCCAUCAGGAGAUUAUACUGCACGACGCGCCGCCACCCGAUGGCUGGCACCUGGCUUUGAGGGAGGUCCACGAGUCUAACCGCCAGGAUGUGCGGUUCCGUCAAAUCGCCCACGUCCGCAACGACCUCUCUACACAAGACCUCGCGGGCAUAGUAGUCCUCGCGCACCUCGCCAGUCAAGGGUAUCGGAGGUACAGGGCUCCCACGACGAACGGGCUGAGCCGGCCUGAGGUUAUCGAGAUGGGCGUGUGUAUGGCGGAGAACACCAUCCGCCACGGCGUCUUUUUCUUGUACAGCAAGGUAGUAGCGGGCGAGGAUGACGAGGACGGGCGGCACCACGCGAGGCUGCUUCUGGAUGAUACCUUUGAUGAGAUGCGGCGGUGGGAGGCGGGGGAUCCUAGUGUGCUUCCCGGUCUGACGAUGAGCGUCGCGUCUACGUUUUGCGCGAAGAUUGGGUGCGAGCACCGGGAUAUGCUGGAUGCUGCGUGUACGUUGUUGAGGGGGGAUGUGUGGCGUCCUGCGGCGGAGGAGGUCGAGGGGGAGGAGGUCGAGCCUGAGUCUGGGAGGGAGAAGCCUACCGGGGAAGAGGUUGAGCAGGAGCUUGAUGUGGCGGAGGGAGAGGGUGGGGAGCAGGUCUCGUGA